AUGGUAGUCAUCAUCUCUGCUGCUCAACUAUGCUGCUCUGCAACAUCUGGAGGCCAUGAGUUCACAUUCCACGGGUUCAACUCAGGCGAUCUGACCCUGGACGGAAUAGCUGAGAUCACAUCCAACGGCUUACUAAGGCUAACAAAUGAAACCAUGCUGCAGAAAGGCCGCGCCUUAUACCCAAUGCCUAUCAAUUUCAAGAAUUCAUCCAACGGCUCCGUUUUCUCCUUCUCCACCACCUUUGUCUGUGCAAUGGUGCCCCAGACUCCGAGUUGGAUAACUCACGGCAUUAUGUUUGCGAUUACUCAACCUGGAGGCCUUCCAGGAGCUCUACCCAACCCAUACUUCGGCCUUUUCAAUGAAACCACCUUCAAUGGCAAUGCUACCAACCAUGUGGUGGCGGUGGAGCUCGAUACCCUCCAGAACCCUGAUCAUGAUGACAUUGAUAACAAUCAUGUGGGAAUUGAUAUCCACCGCUUGAUAUCAGUUGAAGCAAAAUCAGCAGGCUACUAUCAGGGCAACCAACUUCAUAACUUUAGUCUUGGCAGCAGCAAGCCAAUACAAGCUUGGGUGGAAUAUGAUGGGAUGGCUAAGCAAAUGAAUGUCACUGUGGCUCCUCUCAGUGUGGGGAAACCAAGUAAGCCUCUUUUGUCUUUUCCCCAUGAUAUUUCUCUGGACGUACUAGAAACCGUGUCUAUCGGCUUCACUGCGGCCACUGGUUCAGCAGUUUCAACCCAAUAUAUUCUUGGGUGGAGCUUCAAAAUGAAUGGCAUUGCUCAAGAGCUUGAUCCCUCUAAACUUCCAAAGCUUCCACGAGUGGGGCCUAAGAGAAAAUCUAGAUUUCUAGUCAUUGGGGUGCCUGUGAUUGCAAUAUUUUCUCUGAUUAUUAUUGCUUUUGGAGUGGGAUAUUAUGUAUUCAGGAAGAGGAAGUUUGCAGAGUUGCUUGAGGACUGGGAACAGUUAUAUGGACCUCAUAGGUUCAAUUACAAAGAAUUGUACUUUGCCACCAAGGGCUUUUCGGACAAACAAAUAUUGGGUGCAGGGGGGUUUGGCAAAGUUUAUAGAGGCGUGUUACACAACACGCGAGCUGAAAUUGCUGUGAAGAAAAUUCAUAAUCAAUCAACACUAGGAAUGAGACCCUUCAUAGCUGAAGUUGUUAGUAUGGGGCAAUUGUGUCAUAGGAAUUUAGUUCCUCUUCGUGGCUAUUGCAGACGUAAAAGAGAAUUGCUUUUGGUUUAUGAGUACAUGCCUAAUGGAAGUCUUGACAGGUAUUUGUUUGACAAACCAAUGCGCACCCUCAGUUGGAACCAAAGAUUUCAAGUCAUCAAAGGAGUGGCAUCGGCUUUAUUCUAUCUACAUGAGGAAUGGGAGCAGGUGGUGAUUCACAGAGAUAUAAAGGCUAGUAACGUCUUGCUAGAUAGUGAAUGGAAUGGAAGAUUAGGAGAUUUUGGCUUAGCUAGAUUGUAUGAUCAUGGAUCUGAUCCUCAAACUACACAUGUGGCAGGAACUCAUGGCUAUCUCGCCCCAGAACAUGUUAGAACAGGCAAGGCCACGACAAGCUCUGAUAUGUUUGCUUUUGGAGCAUUCUUACUUGAAGUUGCUUGUGGCAGGAGGCCUAUUGAGCAAACAGCGUCAAAUGAUGAUCUUAUUUUGGUGGAGUGGGUGUUUUCAUGGUGGAAUAGAGGUGAAAUAUUACAAACGGUUGAUCCUAAACUUGGUGAAGAUUAUGAUGUUGAAGAAGUGGACAUGGUCUUAAAGCUAGGGUUGUUGUGUUCUUUGCUAGAUGCAGAACUCAGACCUAACAUUCGACAAGUUAUUCGAUACUUGGAACGCUUUGUAGCUCUACCAAAAUUGUCAUUACUUACUCUCUCCAUAGCAGGUUUGACGAUUUCGCGAAGUGAAGGCUUUGAUGACUUUGUUUUGUCACUUUCAUACUCGGAUGACAAGAUAGGUUCGUGCUAUUCUUCAAUCACAAACUCUAUUGUCUCUGAAGGUCGUUGA